UAUUAAUUUUGGACAAUAUGUGUGAAAGUGAGGGAGGUAAGGUGGUAAACUCAGUGAGAAGGGCAUGGUGGACUAUUUAUGUAACAUUGUAAUGGGACCCUGAGCAUGUGUUUCUGUCUGUCAGGGAGCCUGAUCAACUGAUGGACACACAGAAGCGUAGUUGUUUUCUCUUUCACAGCUCCAUGUCCUGUCGUACCGGCAAAAUAAUCAGUUUAACAUUUUCCAUGGGCUUUUUUCACCUGUGUGGUGAAACAUAGUGCUAGCUGUCUUUAUUGGAUCAUCCUUUUUUUUUUUAAUUGGGAUUUUGCUUCUUCAUCUCAAUUGUCUGCUCCCCAGAGUGUAGACAAAUCCUUCCUGUUCCCUAUCUCCUUUUUCCUUUUCCCCUAUCUUCCUGUGUUCCCGGUCACUAUCUGCAUUUUUUUUUUUUUUUUUUGGGGCUAUGCUCUCUUCACCCACUGUGAUCCUUCAGCCUUAUGGACUCCCCGUCUACCCACAGACAACCACAUGCUACCCCAGCAUAGUUCAGGGGGCCCCCACUCAGGAGGCGGGCCCUGGCAGCGGGGACCCCGCCCUGCCUCCAGUGUACGCCCCGCCCCCCUCCUACCCUCCUCCAGGUCAAGGCCCACCAGCAUCUGCGAGUAGACUGCCCACACUGGACUUUGGAUCUCCUCACGCCACUUCUGAGUACCCCGAACACCCCCAGCUCAGAGUCUAUCAGGGCCCCCAGCACGAAGGGGCCGACUCGCUGGCAUCCACCAGCACGAGCCCCUGACAUACUCGGGUCCCAGCUGAUUUUCGGGGGAAAAGUUGAGACGUCGCCGUGGCGGGAGGGGGUCAAAGCGGGAGGCUGACCAGAUGGCCUCUUUCCCCCCCUCUGAAAUAUCACUCAGGUCCAGAACUCAAAUCUGCAUCGUGACAAUGACACCACCACCCUUUCUUCCCGCCCCCUCAACCCCACCCUGGCCUGUGUUGUUGUGAGGGUGGAUGUGAAGGUCUGCUGUCUGCUGUGGUUCGUCACAGCCAAUCGGAGCAGCAGGCGACUGUGACCUGUGUGUGUUUUUGAAAAUGCUUCCCCGGGGUGAAUGUUACUCUGUACCUCUUCUCCAUCCCCACCUCAUUAAUUACACACGAUUUACCUUUAACCUUUGGCAGAAAAGCAGCACCAUGACCUCAGACUGACCCUUGAGUUGUUCCCCUUUCCUUCCCUUUUCUCUUUAAGCUUCCUGCGCUCCGUCUUUGCCUGGUUUCCCUCUGGUUUCAUAUCACUGCUGCACCGAGGCCUUUUCUUUUUAAACAGUCCAGCUGCCUCUUGACACUAGAAUGCUAAUAUUGAACUCUUCUUCUGAUCAAAGUAGCGCAUCUUUUGAUUUUCAGGGCUUCCACACGUUUUCCUUCCCCACGUUUCCCGUUCCUUCUCCUCUUCCCGCUGCUCACUCUCCCUGUUCUGCAGAUUCCUCUCACCCACUUGUAUUGAAACACGUUAACACCUCCUCCCCCUGUAACGGGUGAUGAAGCGGCAUACACGCGCUCCCAUGUGCGCGCGCACUAGCAUCGUGGUGCAUUGUGGGAUGGUGAAUGUCUUGGGUUUGGCACAGUAUUUCCUGAAUUGUUCUGCAUGGGGCAGUUUCUAGACACAGACUUCAUAGAGGAGGUUUUUAUGAUGGCGAACAACAGAGGUGAUUACACUCUUCUGCAACAUCCUUUAAAAAUGGGAUUUUUCACAAACUCCUAAUGUGUAAAAAAUAUAAACUCAUGAAAGAUAUUUUAAACUGCAGGUUUGCUGUAAUAAUUUUGAAUAUAAUCAUGCAGGGUAUUUAAAUUUUAAAAUAGAACAAUUUUAAGACAAAUUUUAAAGGAAACUUUACAUUUCAGGCCUUAAAUAAUUGGAACACAGAAGAGAUCAUAAAUGAUGUGAAUGCUUUUAGCAGUAAGAGGUGUUUACACUUUCACUUUUUUUGUUCAAAUGAUUAAAAAUAUUCUGCUCCAUUCCGAUUUUUCAAAUAAAUAUUAUUUUUAUAUUAAAUAUUUUUUUUCUUUUUUUGUAAGUCAACAAUUUCAGUGAUUAAGUAAUUGUUUUUUGAAGAACAGAUGAUCUUUUUUCCACUGUUUGAUUUCCGUAACCCUUGUGAGAUCUUGCACAAGGCUGUACUCACUUCUGCUGCAUUUAUCGUGUUUACAUCUGCUGAGGAGUUUAAAAGUAGACCUUCCAGUGGAGCUUUGGGGACUUUACCACAGUUGGAGUGAGCACAUGCAGUUUUAAUAUCAUAAUCUUUGCUGUUAGUGUGCUGGACAGUCCAUUUCUACUUUCCCACAGGCAUGUAUCCAAGGCAACUGACUAAAACGGAGCCCUUUCCGCACCUUCUGACACUUGCCUGAGAAGGACCACUGGUGUCUGAAUGCUUGUUGAACUUGGUUUGGAUCACUCUUGAAACUGGUUUUUGCUUAAUGCCAUGUCAUGCCGACGCUACAGAAUUGUUAAGGCAGUCUUUAAAAGUUGCAACGGAACCUUGUAUUCUGUUUCUGUUCAUUUCUUUAUUUCCUCUCUUUUUUUUUUUUUUUUUUUUUGCCCAUCCUUUUUCUUUCCACGUUUCUGCAUCAUUUUACUGUCAGGAGGAUGCUUUGGCCCCUGUGACCUCUGACCCUCAGGCUCUCAGCGUAUCAUCUGGGGGCGGGGCAGGAAGUGGGAGUGAAGAAGAGGGCUCAGGUAAAGCCCAACCGAAACGCCUCCACGUCUCCAACAUCCCCUUUCGCUUCAGAGACCCAGACCUUCGUCAGAUGUUCGGGCAAUUUGGAAAGAUUCUGGACGUAGAAAUAAUCUUCAAUGAACGGGGGUCAAAGGGCUUUGGAUUCGUCACCUUUGAGAGUGCAGCAGAGGCUGACAGAGCGCGAGAAAAGCUGAACGGGACAAUCGUAGAAGGCAGAAAGAUCGAGGUCAACAACGCCACGGCCAGAGUAGUAACCAAGAAACCCCAGACACCUCUAGUGAAUGGAGACAUUGCAACCUCUGGAUGGAAGAUCAACCCUGUGGUUGGAGCUAUGUAUGCACCUGAACUCUACACAGUUGCCAGCUUCCCAUACCCAGUAGCGACGCCCACCUUAGCCUAUCGGGGUUCAGCACUAAGAGGUCGGGGUCGAGCCGUCUACAACACGAUUCGCUCGGCUGCAGCCACACCUGCUGCUGUGCCCGCCUACCCCGGUGUUGUAUAUCAAGAUGGGCUGUAUGGACCGGAAGUCUAUGGGGGUUAUCCCACAGCGUACAGAGUGGCUCCAUCAGCAUCUGCUGCUACAGCAGCUUACAGUGAUGGAUAUGGAAGAGUUUACGCCACAGCCGCAGAUCCCUAUCAUCACUCUGUUGGACCAACGACCACCUAUGGAGUUGGCACAAUGGCCAGUUUAUACCGAGGAGGAUACAAUCGCUUCACCCCAUACUGAGCCUCCCAGCAGAGGAGGAGAGGGUCUGACAGGCUGAACUCUGGGACGAGCGUGAAGCUGUAAACCCUGCACCAUCCACUCUGACGCCCAACAAACAGACUAAAACAUCUCCUUUGAGAGGUUUAAGAGGGAAAAGAUGGUGGGAAAAAAAGCUGUGAGAAUGAUUUCUAAUAUUUGAACGUUUGUGUGUGUAUACAACGUUAAAGGAUUCUCUUUUUGUGAUUAUUUACAGAAUGAGUGUGUGUGCAUUUGUGUGAGGUUACAGGAUGUGCAGCCACUUUCACAACUUCACAACAGCUAUUUCCUUUUUUUAACUCUCUUUUUAUCUACCUCUUUUGUCAUAAAGCGUCAGCUUUUUUGUGCUUCAUUUCCUCCUCGCAUGCAGACGUGGUUUUAGUUUCAGAAUCGGUGCUUGGAACGGCACACUGAGAGCGUUUUCCUCAUCUGUGGCACCAGCUGUUCCUCUUCAUCACUGCUCUUCCUCCCUGACCCUCUGGAUGACCCCUUAGUUCUUUUUUUCCUUCUUUUCUGCUGUGUUUGAUGUUUACUUUGAAAUAAAAUGUUCUCUCCUCUUUU